AUGGGUAACCAUAUGAAUAAACUUGAUAAACUCUCUGUAGAUGAAAAAACUGUUCUAUGUCAACUCGCCGAAGUAAAACGUAAAACUAACGAUCUUCAAACGGCGAGAUUCUAUUAUGAAUUAGUCGCUAAACAAAUGCUGGCUAAAAAUGCUAAACACGGCGGACAAGAAGAAAAUUUAUGUUACAUCUACUAUUUGCUAUCGAAAGUUUGCUUACUAGGCAAGGAACUCUUGCUAUCUGAGAAAUACAAUCGAAAAGCAGAAACAAUUGCUCAAAAAAUGAAUGACCAACCUCGAAUUGCUGAACUCUUGGAUAUACGAGGUGAUAUUAGACGGCUUGAAGGUAAAUAUGAACAAGCUAUUGAGGACUUGGAGAAAUCGCUCCAGAUAAAGUUUCAAAUAGUCGGAGCCAGCGAUAGAUCAACAGGUUACACUUAUUAUAAAUUGGGAAAAGUUUAUUUUGAACAAUCGAAAUACGACCAGGCUAUGUCGCUUUACCAUAAAGCUAUGGAUACUAGAAAAAAUUCAUUUGAUGAAGAUGAUGCUGAAUUACACCACGAUGUGGGACUCGCUUAUUCGAGAUUGCUUCUAUACGACAAAGCUGAAAAGAUGUUUAACAAAGCAUUAAAUAUAAAAUCAAAUUUGCCUGAAACCAACGAAAAGAGUAUUGGUAAUUCGUGUCACUGCUUAGGCGUUAUUUAUUACCGUCAAUCAAAAUAUGAAAUGGCACUAAGGAUGCAUCAACGUGUUUUAGCAAUCAUGAUAAAAAGUCCUGGUAAAAAUCAUUCCGGUUUUGCUAGAUCAUACUUUCAGCUUGGAGUUACAUAUUUUAAAUUAGCCAAGUAUGAUGAAGCCUUGGAUAUGCAUAAAAGAGCUUUACAUCUUUGGCCACAAAUGGGGAAGGGAUAUCAAGUAAAUGUUGCCGCAUCGUUUGAAAAAUUAGGGAUUACCUACCAUCACUUAUGUCGAUAUGUAGAUGCUAUCUCAGCUUUUGAAAAGGCCUUGAAAAUUUGGUGUGAAUUGUAUGGAAGUCAGCACAUGAAAGUUGCAACUAGUUAUAAUAAUAUUGGAAUAGCUUAUGGUCGUCUAUCACAACACGACAAAGCAAUAGAUAUGUAUGAAAAGACCAUGAAAAUUUUAAUCCAUUUAGGUAGGGAAGGUCUCGCUCAGAUGGCUAUCGUAAGCAGUAAUUUGAAUAAGAUUUUGAAUGAACAGAAUAAAGAGGAUAAUCACUUUCGCCAUAAUACUGCAACCAGAGUCCGGAUUUGUGAUCACAGUUGCAGCACUACAGUUCAACGACCUAAAUCCUAUCCAACUGAAACUGAAAAUAAAAAUUGCGAAAGUAGAACCAAGUUCUGCCACAUGGAAUCAAGCAUUGACGAUGAUGAAGAAUCGUCAAUUGAUCACUACGAAAAAAUGGGAGACAUUUCUAGCUUGGGAUGUCUAGAUAACAACCAUGAAGAGAAUCGAGCAUUUGACCUCUACGCAUCGAUGCGAAGCAUUACUAGCACUGAAAGUCUAAAUGAUAACCAUGGGGAGAAUAGAGUUCAUAAUUAUGAAAAUGACCAUUUUCAAGCUUUCGUCAAAACAUUGAAGGAAGGUGAAUGUCGUAGUAAUUUUACACGAAUUAUGAUUUUUGGCCCUGACAAUGUUGGAAAAUCUUCCAUAAUGAAACUGUUUACUGAAGAGGGACUUCCUUGCGCCGACAGCAAACCACUUUUAAAAGAGUCCAUUAAUUUAGAUAGUCAAAGUAACCCUUUAGACCAAAGUAUAGACCGCAAUGGAGAGUCUGUAUUUCUUUGGCAGCAUGCAGAUACACCUCUUAUGGCAAGUCUUCAAAUUAAUUUCUUAGACAUUUACAAAGAAUUAUGUCAGCGCCAAUUGCAAAUGUCUAAUUUGGCGGAUACUGAAGACUGCCAAUAUGGGAAAUUGUGGGAUUUUGGUGGCCAUUCUAUUUACAAUGUUACUCAUCAACCCUUCAUAUCAGCUAAUGAUAUCUAUAUUCUUGUCUUCAAUAUUGCUCACAAUAUCAACGAUAAAAUAGUAAAAAGAGAUGGCUUCAUAAGCGAUAUGACCUAUUUACAAGUUGUGCAGGAAUGGUUAACUUCUAUUAUUGGCACAAAUAGCUGUCGGGAAAAGAUCCAAGCAAAACGCGAUCAGCAUACAGAAGAAUACUGCCUGCCGGUGGUUAUUUUGGUUGCCUCUCACGCUGAUAAGAUUGAAAGAGAAUUGGAACAAAUUAGAAGAUUUAAACGAUUUGAACAGGCUCUUAUUUCAAAUCUACCAGCGUAUCGAUGCAAUAUCUAUUCCUCCCAAAUUAUAUUUAACUGCAAUCCAAAAGAUAAUUGCCAGUCUGUAGUCGAACAACGACGAGAAUGCUGUCGCCGUUUACAUCAUAUCAUUAAUAAGCUUGCAACAUCAAUAUCGUUCAUACGCAAUGCAGUUCCAAUUCGAUGGUAUGUUACAGCAGAAAUUAUGUAUGUCAUAGCCAAUAAACGAUUAGAGCAAGAGCCUAGCUGUGCUAGUAGCAAUGGUCUAGAAAAGGGUAGAAAGAUCGUAAGGGAGGAAGAAGUACGCCAGUUAGCACGAGAUUAUGGACUGUAUGAGAAUGAUGAAGAUUUACGCUCUAUGCUGCAGUACCUACAUGAUCUUGGCGAAAUUGUAUACUGUCCUACAGGGACAGUCGAUGGGAUUGUUGUGCUAGAAGUAGAUUGGUUAUUAAAUAUCUUUCGUGAAACUAUUUAUUUAGAUACAUGUUUAUCCAAAACUGCAACCGUAAUUGACGAUUAUCGACAAGCGGUAAUUACUGCAAGAUAUACUCUAUCCGAUUGGCUGUAUAUUGGAUACGCGCGCAGCGAUAUUCCUUAUAUCUCAGAUAGCAUUUAUUACAGCCUGCUUUCAUCGUGCUCGAAAGAAUGGAAUAAUUCUUUAGUGAAAUUAUAUCAUCAUGGCGCUAAAUAUUACUUGAAAGAUAGUUAUUCCUAUAUCAUUAUUGAGAAAGGUCAAUCUCAUAUUGGGAUUCAAGAUUAUUAUCAGAAUGAGCAUGAAGAUAAAGAUCUCCGUGUAAUUAUGAAAACUGUAAAAGAAUUCAUUCACAUCAAGCGUCCUCAAGAUUUAAUAAGAAAGAAGCUAACGGCAAUAGUCAAGCAAAGACUACCUAAAUUCAAGAGCGUAGACAGCGGAUUUUAUGUUUCAUGUAUCAUAUGUCAACAAUUUACUCGCAUAGAGCCUGAUAAAAAAUUGAGUAAUUUCAAUUUAGUUCAUUGCAUUCACUGUAAUUUGAAAUUUAACAGCUUAUCAAUUAGUGAUUGGAUGCUUUACAAGUAG